AUGUGUAAGUUUUCUUCGCCUCUGAAAAGCUUUUGCUAGAAUCAAAAUAAUAUUCAUUUCAGCGAAAGCCGAAUUUCAAAAACUCCACGAUGAAAUGAAGGCAUUGAAAAAUGCUGCAAAGCAUGAUGAAUUCGCAAAACGCUUUGCUGCUAAAGAUUCCGUCUUCAUUGGUCCAUUCCAUGAGCCUCACAAAGCUGAAGAAGCUUUAGCUUUGGCUAAAAGUGGAAAAGUUGAUGCUUUAGUCAAAGCUGACAUCGAAUCAACUGUCGACGAAGUUGUUCAAAUCGGGGAUGUUGUUAUCGAUCGGUCGAGUUUGGUUGUCAAACUCCCGGGAGGUGACAAAAAUGGAUGGAACUUGACUGUUUGGGUCAAAGAAGAUGGGCAAUGGAAGAUUCGCAACACUUGCACCACUUUCAAAUUGCCACUUCCAGCUUAA